AUGGAUCUUUCGAACGUUGUCAAGAACUUUGAGUUGCCAAAGGCAGUCAAGAACUUUGAAUUACCACAAGCAGUCAAAAACAUUGAAUUACCGCAAGCAGUAAAGAACAUGGAGUUGCCACAAGCGGUAAAGAACAUGGAGUUGCCACAGGCAGUAAAGAACAUGGAGUUGCCGCAAGCAGUAAAGAACAUGGAGUUGCCGCAAGCAGUAAAGAACUUUGAAUUACCGCAAGCAGUAAAGAAUAUCGGGCUCUCUGAGACUGUGAAGAAGAUUGAUAUUCAAGGUGCUAUAAAGAAUGCAGAAGAUGCAGUCAAGAAUAUAGAUAUACAAGGCGCAUUAAAGAAUGUCGACGAAGCAAUGAGAAGCAUUGACAUCCAAGGCGCCGUGAAAAAUGUUUCAGAACAGAUGCCACAGAAUCAACAUACGAGGCGAUUAUCUUUGCUUGCUUCUUCGGCCUUGACGAGUGUUAGCUCUUUAACGGGUGUGAUUCGACAAAGAGUCGAGGAAACCACAAAGAAUUUUCAAAGUGAACAUCAGCAGUUUGUUCGUUCAAUGAAAGAAGAAACAAAAGUGUCGAGGGCUGGAACACAGGCAGUCGCUCCUUGGGAAGGAUUACCAGAAGAGGAGGAAAUGAAGAAACAGAUCUUGGCUCUAUCAAAGGAUGUUCGUAAUCUUACAAUGCCACCGCCUGAAAAUACUAGUUUUCAAUUUGACAUGGCCGUACAUUCAGCUACGGCCAUGGCUGUACUGGAACAUGAUCCUGUGCUGAGUCGCCUGCGUUUUCAGCUUGUUCCUGCAAAGAUCGAAGAGGAAAUGUUUUGGCGUAAUUACUUUUAUCGUGUAUCGCUAAUAAAGCAGACUAUGUUAGGAUCUAUCGAUGCCGUUGUGUUAGAGAAGGAAGUUUAUCAUAAAGAUGAUAACGAGAGUGAGGAAGAAUCUCCAGAUUCCACGUCAAAGGAGAAGGCGACGGGCAAGGAGGACGGAGCCGAGGUAUUAUUUGAUGCAAAUAAGUCUGGCGACGCUUCAGACGAUUGGAUUGAUAACGAGCUUGCAAAAGCAAACGCCUUUGACGAUUCGACGCUAGCAAAAGGAACUGGUUUAGUUGACGAGGAACUUGAAGUCCCAGAAGAUUGGGAGGAUCAAAUGAAAGCUUUGCUUCCGUAG